CGGAGGGGUGGGGGCGUGCCUCGCGCUUCCAAGGUGGGCGUGGUCACCCGCCGUUUCCUUUGUGUGUGGGCCCCAGUCGCCGGCUGCGAGCGCGCCUAAGGAGUGGAAGCCGCCAUUUUGUGCGUUUUCCUUUUCCCCACCCCCCUUUUUCCCCGUUCUCGACCGGUGGAAGCCUAGGCCUUCGGGUGGCCCUCCGAACGGACCUCGUAGCGCACCCGCCGGUGUACUGGUAGGCUGCAGCUGCCCCCUACCGGCGGCAGCGGCGAGUAGGAGGCGGCGUGUGGCGGGCCGCGGCUCCAGCAUGGAGAACUCCCAGCUGUGUAAGCUGUUCAUUGGCGGGCUGAACGUGCAGACGACGGAGGCCGGGCUGCGGGAGCACUUCGCGGCCUACGGGACCUUGACUGACUGCGUGGUGGUGCUGAACCCGCAGACCAAGCGCUCCCGAUGCUUCGGCUUCGUCACGUAUUCGGCGGUCGAGGAGGCCGACGCCGCCAUGGCAGCUUCUCCGCACGCGGUGGACGGCAACGCCGUGGAGCUGAAGCGGGCCGUCUCCCGAGAGGACUCGGCCCGGCCGGGGGCGCACGCGAAGGUGAAGAAGCUCUUCGUCGGAGGCCUCAAGGGGGACCUGGGCGAGAACGACCUGGUGGAGCACUUCAGCCAGUUCGGCCCCGUGGAGAAAGCCGAGAUCAUCUCCAACAAGCAGAGCGGCAAAAAGCGCGGCUUUGGCUUCGUCUACUUCCAGAACCACGACGCUGCCGACAAGGCCGCCGUGGUCAAGUUCCACCCCAUCCAGGGCCACCGCGUGGAGGUCAAGAAGGCCGUGCCUAAGGAAGACAUCCAGGGCGGAGGCGGCGGGGGCUCCUCCAGGUCGAGCUGGGGCGGACGGGGGCGAGGAAGGGGAGGCGGAGGCAACCGGGACCACAACGGGCUCUCCAAAGGAGGCGGCGGAGGCGGCUAUAACAGUUAUGGUGGCUACGGCGGCGGCGGAGGAGGAGGCGGCGGGGGCUACGGAUCCUACGGAGGUGGCUCAUACGGUGGAGGAGCCGGCGGCGGCGAUUACGGCAACGGGUACGGCGGCUUCGGCAGCUACAGCCAGCACCAGUCCUCCUACGGCCCCAUGAAGAGCGGCGGCGCGGGGGGCGGCGGUGGCGGCUGGGGCCCCCGCAGUAACAGUGGACCAUACAGAGGCGGUUAUGGUGGGGGAGGUUACGGCGGCUCCUUCUAAGCGGGAAAUGCCCAUUACUGUUCUGGGGGUGUCGGUUUUGUCUGCAUGGAGUAUGCCCUCUGUUGUACCGGGCCAGGUUCUUAAUAGUUCCCCUACUCUUCGCCCUAAGGGGGCACCUCCGUACGAAAAGGCUCCCGUGAUGCGGAGCUGCUCGAAUUAAUUCUUGUUGGAGUCGCUCUGCUGCCUGUUUCACUUCUUUCCGAAGAUGGACUGGGCCUCCUCACACACAACGAUUUUGUGUUAGUCAUUGAUGGACUCUAUUUUUUUAUUGCUUGGACAUUGGUCGUUUUUAUACUAGGAAUAAGAUACCGUUUUAAUUUUGGUUUAUUUGGGGUUGGGCGGGAAAGGGGAAUUAACUUUGUAAGGACUUGGAUACCUACACAUUUUUUUCUACAAAAUCUGCUCUGCUCCCGUGGCUGUAAAGGGGGAGGGGGGAGAGAAAUGGUUUUUACAUUUUUAUUUUUUAAAUAAAUCAUUGUGUUCAUUGACCUUUA